AUUCAUUUACGUUCUCUGGUAGCGCUGUUGGGCAUUUAACCGGUAUUCUAACCAAAUUUUGUAAAUCAUUGUUUGCAUUCACAAAUUCAUUCAUUGAUGUAUGCUAUUGUACGAGUUUGUUCACAUAAAAGGUUUUUGAGGCGAAGAAAAGCAAAAUAUUGGGCAACACUCUAACAACCAGCAGUUGCAUGAUAUUGUCUAGCUAUUAUCUGCUAUUUUUCAGUCCCCUGAUGUUAAUUGUGGACAUUUGGUGAAACACUCUCAUCGUUUUCAGUACCCCUCCCAAAUAUGGUGAAACACGCUCAUCGUUUUCAGUUCCCCUGCGAAAAGUGAAAUAUUUUGAUAAUGGCCGCACUGUGAACCUUCUCUAUAAUCUACAUUCUCUGUAUAAUCUACAUUCUCUGUAUGUCAAGAAAGGCGAGUGGAGUGGAGAAUUCAUUCAUAUCAUGAUAUCAAAAAUACGAGAGUGGCAGCUCUGUAAUAUUUAUUGAUCAGCUGAUAGAGUAGAAAAUAUUAGAUUAUUUUGCUUUGCAUUUCUUGAUAAAUAUAAAUUAAAACGUCACGGCAUCGCGUUGUUAUUGUACUUCACUUAAUAAAACCUGUUUCUUUUUGAUUAGUCAAUUAAUAAGACUAUUAGAUAUACAUAUAUAAUCUUUCCAAGUGUCGAUGAGUUGCACUUUAUCGCUGUCAAUCAGUUUGGGACGCCGUUCGCUGCGGAUAUAUAAUCGUGUAACGCGUUUUAUUUCACUUAAACGUUAUUAUUCUUUUGAAAUCGAUAUGACGAACGUUGAAAUCCCGGGUCGCGCGCUUCACUAUGUGCUCAAGAUUGGAAAUCGUGGAAAAAAUGCAUAUUUCUUCCGAGAUAUACUUGGUAUGAAGGUGCUUCGACAUGAGGAAUUCAAAGAAGGUUGUGAAGCGCAAUGUAAUGGACCUUACGACAACCGUUGGAGCAAAUCUAUGAUUGGCUAUGGACCGGAAUCUUCUCAUUUCGUAAUUGAACUCACUUACAACUAUGGUGUAAAAGAAUACGAAUUGGGUAAUGACUUCGGUGGUAUAACCAUUAAGUCCAAGGAGACAAUUGAACGAGCGCGGUCCCAAAACUACCCCAUUUCGGAGGAGAAAGGUUUACAUGUAUUAACAUCGCCUGACGGCUAUAAAUUCUAUAUAAUUGAAGAGCCUCAACCUCAAGCAUCUGAUCCUGUAAUGAGCGUCAUCCUACACUCAAGCAAUUUGGCAGCAUCUAAAACGUAUUGGCAUGAAUUAUUAAAAAUGGAAGUGGAGGUAGAAGAUUCUAAUGUAAUAACACUAUCAUACGGCGAAAAUCAAACACGUUUAACUUUGAAGCAAUUAACCGAUCCUAUCAAUCGGGCUAAAGCAUAUGGUCGCAUUGCAUUUGCAGUACCGUUAAAUGUUCAACCUGCAAUUAAUGCGAUUAUUCAGCAAGCGAACGGCACCAUAUUGACUCCUCUGCUUACGCUUGACACACCGGGAAAGGCAACCGUGCGUGUUAUCAUUUUAGCUGAUCCCGACGGACACGAAAUAUGUUUUGUCGACGAGGAAGGCUUUUCUGAAUUGUCAAAAGUGGAAGUAGAUGGCGAUAAGAAUCUUACAAAAUAUAUUCAAAAAGAUCCCUUCCAAGAGAAAUAAUAACUUAUUAGUUUUUAAUAUGCACUUAACUACAAAAUAAUAUGUAAUAAAAUUACACUAAAAUUGAAUACUGUUUAAAUUUGUAUAUAUCUAAAAAUCUUUAUAUUUUGAUCACUUAAAAUACAAUUUCACGUUUUCAAACUUUGUUUAUAAUAGCGAGAAAUGGAAAAAAACUUAGUACUUAUUUUUAUAAUAAGAAGAAAUGAAAAGAAAAAACUCUUUGUCAGGAAUGUAUGCCUGUAGUUACCUUUUUUUUUAACAAAUUCUGGAAAAAUAUAAAUUAACCUAAACCCAAAAUUAAAGUUCGUUAAACGCUCUGGUAUUUUUGAUGGUGUAUAAAAAAACAGUAAAACAGUACCAUAACAGUAAAAAAUUCACUUCAAUUUCAAGAGAUACGAGCUGUUGGUAACAAGCUUAAAUAUAAAAUAAGUUGCUCAUUGUCUGAA